AUGUCUCUUUUAACGAACUGGUUAAAGCAAGUUAAUCCACCGUCAUCCCCGGGUCUCGGUCUUCCUGACCCACGUGAAGAAGUAUCCCUCGUCGAGGCUAAAGCCAUCGAAGCUGCUAACACCGCUGUUGAACAAAGUGUUUCUGUGUCCCGCAAACGAAAACGUGGUGACUACAAUUUUUAUUCUGAUGAAGUUCGGGCAAAAAUUGGACGAUCGGCUCUUGAAAAUGGUGUCAUGAAGACUGUUCGAAAGUUUAGCAAAGAUCUUGGAAAAAAUGUUUCUGAGAGUAGCGUCAGAGGCAUGAGAGAUUCUUAUGUAAGGAAACAAAAACAAGAUUCGAGUUCAAUUGUCACAGCUUUACCGAAGGGUCAACGGGGUCAACCACUUCUCAUCGGCCGUGAGCUCGAUAUCAAGGCGCAGCAGUGGAUUCGUAAAGUGCGU